UAUACAAGACUUUUAUGAAACAUAUUGCAUCUUGACUCGUCAGACGAUAAACACUGAGCGGUUUAUCAAGAGUGAAAAACUGUAAACUUUCAGUUUAAAAAAAAAAAGCUGAUCAUGCGUUUACACGGGUCAAUGGGCCUAUUGGAAACUGCUCUGUUGGUUCUGCUGGCACUCUGUCAACAAUGUGUCUCAGCUGACAGUGACAUUUUGGCUCCUCCAGAGGUCUCUCUGCACAAUGGCACCAUGUAUGCAGCCUGCAAAAUGAGACCCAGCACCUCACUACCUGAGGGUCUGCCCAAAGUGUACGGCCAGGUGCUGUUUAAACAGGAUUAUCCUCAUGGAAAACUCAAAGUCCUCCUCCGGUUGAGUGGCUUCCCCAGAGAGGGCAAUCCAGAGCUCAGAGCAGUGCACAUCCAUCAGUAUGGAGACCUGAGCCGGGGAUGUGACUCCACUGGUGGUCACUACAAUCCAUACGGUGUGCAUCAUCCAAACCACCCGGGAGACUUUGGGAACUUUGAGCCCCAGCAAAGAAAAAUCAAUGCGUUGAUAGAAUCUGAGGCAACACUGUUCGAUAGGCUCUCUGUGAUUGGAAGAGCAGUGGUGGUCCAUGAAAAGUUUGAUGACUUAGGACGUGGUGGAGACGCUGGGAGCUUGCUGCAUGGAAAUGCAGGCCGGAGGCUUAGCUGCUGCAUUAUUGGGAUUUCCUCUCCCAAUCUCUGGAAUAUGCACCACAAACAGAAUAACAGGCAGCUGGGGAGAAAUUAAUCCUAGAGUAGU